AUGCACGCCGAGCUUGAGAAGCGCCGGCGCGCAGCGCGUGAGCGCCGUGCUCGUCGCCAAGGUGUCAUUCUACAAACGUAUAGUGAAGGUAAUUUUGUGCUGGUCGCGACAGCAACAGGUUGUAGCGGCAACAAGUUGGCCCUCAAUUGGCGUGGACCCAAGAGAAUCAUACGCGCAACCGACUUCACGUUCGAGGUCCAAGACAUCAUACCGCCGCUUGAGGUGUCCGUCCGUCACGCAUCGCGACUUCAUCUCCCAUCUAGACUGCCGCCUGAGCCCAGCCACCCAGCAAUGGGAAAUUCUCGUGAAGUGGGUCGGGCCGGAUGA